AGACCUGAGCAUCUCUUUCAGCAGCGAGGAAGAGGGGCCGCCGCAGGAUCCACACACACCUACAACUCUCUACUUUUGUGCAAUUCCUAACUGCGCCUGACGUCCACGCAAGCGGUCAGGCAUGGGGUGUUUGGGCAACAGCAAGACGCCAGAAGACCAGGGCGUCGAUGAAAAGGAAAGACGUGAGGCCAACAAAAAGAUCGAGAAGCAGUUGCAGAAGGAGCGCCUGGCUUACAAAGCGACUCACCGCCUGCUGCUACUGGGGGCUGGUGAGUCUGGGAAAAGCACUAUCGUCAAACAAAUGAGGAUCCUGCACGUCAAUGGAUUUAAUCCCGAGGAGAAGAAACAGAAAAUUCUGGACAUCCGGAAAAACGUUAAGGAUGCUAUUGUGACGAUUGUUUCGGCGAUGAGUACUAUAAUUCCCCCAGUUCCACUGGCCAACCCAGAAAACCAGUUUCGAUCAGACUAUAUCAAGAGCAUAGCCCCCAUCACUGACUUUGAAUAUUCCCAGGAAUUCUUCGAUCACGUGAAGAAGCUCUGGGAUGACGAAGGCGUGAAGGCCUGCUUCGAGAGGUCCAACGAGUACCAGCUCAUCGACUGCGCCCAAUACUUCCUGGAGAGAAUUGACAGCGUCAGCCUGGUGGACUACACGCCCACAGACCAGGACCUCCUCAGGUGCAGAGUUCUGACGUCAGGGAUUUUCGAGACACGAUUCCAAGUGGACAAGGUCAACUUCCACAUGUUUGACGUCGGAGGCCAGAGGGACGAGAGAAGAAAAUGGAUCCAGUGCUUCAAUGACGUCACCGCCAUCAUCUACGUGGCCGCCUGCAGCAGCUACAACAUGGUGAUCCGGGAAGAUAACAAUACCAACCGCCUGCGCGAGUCCCUGGACCUUUUCGAGAGCAUCUGGAACAACAGGUGGUUACGGACCAUUUCCAUCAUCUUGUUCUUGAACAAACAGGAUAUGCUGGCAGAAAAAGUGUUGGCAGGGAAAUCAAAGAUUGAAGACUAUUUCCCAGAGUACGCAAAUUAUACUGUUCCUGAAGACGCGACACCAGAUGCGGGAGAAGAUCCCAAAGUCACAAGAGCUAAGUUCUUCAUCCGGGAUCUGUUCUUGCGCAUCAGCACGGCCACGGGCGACGGCAAGCACUACUGCUACCCGCACUUCACGUGUGCCGUAGACACAGAGAACAUCCGCCGCGUCUUCAACGACUGCAGGGACAUCAUCCAGCGGAUGCACCUCAAGCAGUACGAGCUCCUGUGAGCCCCCCAGCCCCGCCCCGCGCCCCAGGGCCACCCGGCACAGAGCAGCGAGUCCCCGUCCAUUGUGCGGGCUCUCGUGACCUCCGGGCCCCCGGCCACCUCUGCCCCCACCACCCCGCCCCGGUCUGUGUGGGGGUGAGGGGGCCCCGACUCGUGGAGAACGUGGCAGAUGGGAAGACGCACUGGCCCAAGCGUGAUGGGGCGUCGCCCUU